AGUUGUGCGGUGCAUUUCCACCAGUUGACAUCUCCAGUGAAGCAAGCUCGGAAAAGCGGAAGUGAACCGAAGUGAUUCCGGUUGAUUUUUGUGCGGUUAGCAAACGGUUGAGUUUUGUCGAACUGUUGAGUUCAGUGCUUUGUGCAGUGUCUGGUGGAAGCUGGCAGCUACAGUGAUCUUAUACAUGGUGAAGCAAAAAUCUGCCAAGGAUACACGUGACCCCUCAGGCCAACAGUGAAAAUGGAACCCAUCAAUGGAGCGUGUCAUCGAGUGAGGACCGCCGGCCUAGGCCUGGCGCUCUUCCUGCUCGUGCCGAACAUUGCCUUGGUGACCGUUGGCGGCAUUCCGACGUCGGUUCUCUCCAGCGCAAAGGAAACCAGCGUGCAGCACCACAGUUCGGAGCUGAACCCGAUCCAUCAAUCCCAGCAAUCAAACAGCAUCGCCACGUCGGAUUCACCUGAGGGUAAACAUCAAAUUUCCGUUCCCCAGAAACGCGGAGUGAACCCGUUGCUGUAUAAUGAUUUUGAAUUUUCGGGAAAUUCCAUGCCCCACGGGGGUUCCUGGGAUGAUCUCGGAAGCUCACCAUCACUUGCCGGACGUUCGUCGCUUGCACUGUUCCCGGAUCAACUUGGGGGUAGCGAAAGUCACGGAGGCAGACUAAGGAACUAUGAUUUGCUGGCGAAUCUACUCAGUGCGCCUUCCCAAACGUUCUAUAAUGAGCCGAUUUCGGUUCCUUCGGUUAGUUAUCCCUUCGGGUACUAUGGAAUGGAUGGACGAACCAAGCGAAUGGCUAACUUGGAGGAGUCAAACCGCCAGAGGCCAUUGAGAUUAAAGCGCAGUCCCUCGAAACUGACUUCAGCUGAUGCCCUGUCUCUGCUCGCCCUGCUAGAAUCACGGGAUCCGUACCCAUCGAUGUCAGACUAUUUCCCCCUCGUGCCGGCCGAUGGUCCUAACGACGUGCUGCCUUACUCACCGAAUUCCGUCUACCAGGACAUUCCCCUGUAUCUGGAGCUUCCCCAGCUGAACAGACAUGCUGCUGCAAACGUCGGCCCGCUGGCCCCCUACAGUGACGACGACGGAGAAUGGAUGAACACUUGGACCGAACCGGCCGGGUUCCCGUUGGAUAUUGACACACUCCCCCCGCUGGACCCUUACGAUCUGAAGCUUGCAAAGAACGGAUUCCCCCAGCAGAAGCGAUUUAUGAUUGCGAAGAGAAAGCGCAGCGUGAGUCUGAACGAUAAUGAGGAUUGCAAUAGUGACAAGGAGGCCUGUAUGCAACGCAAAUACGGUCAGCUGACACCUUCCAAAGUCGCUCAAGCCUAGAUCGGUAUCGACCGUGUAAUGCUCUCCACAAUCGACCUAAUAUUGCUAACGAACCAUACAUGACACAUUCAAAUGCAGACAGGCUGCGCGAAAAAAAAACCGGGAACAACGGCAACCAAAAUCAGAUCAAUGAAACUGGAAACUGAAUGGAAAAUAAGAAAUAUCAUUAUUAUAGAUGUAAGAAAUACAUAACCAACGUAUUUCUCCGUAUUUUCGUUAAAUAUAAGACAUAAUCGAUCAAAUUUUUGGGAAUGGAAUAUUAUUAAAUUGUCAAAAUAAAACCAAAACAUACAUAUUUCGAAUGUUUAAUUCUAUUCAAAUAUUGUCAAACUUCAUGUUCAAUUAAUAAUCAAAUGUAGCAAGAAAAAAAUAUCAGACCUAAUGUAUUGUGGCUACCAUUGCGUAUAAAUUUAACAAAUAAUAUUCAACUCAAAUUCAAGUUAUAUCAGAUGGAUUGUAGUUUCUAAACAAGUGCUCAACAUUGUUAAUGUAAAGAUAAUACACCAUGAGGUUGCGGUUCAGAGGUAAAAUUAGCAUUAAAUCAAUAGAAUCACUCUAUAUAUAUUGAAGGAAAAUCAAAACAAACAUAGUGUAUAUUUAUCACAAAUUGAUGCAGAUCAUUCAAAAUCCAACAAAUAAACAAUAUUAUCCAGUACGAUGUUAUCAACACAUCAAAAAAAAAAAAAAGAAGGGAAAAACCAGUAUCGUGAUUAUUUACUUGCGAAAUGAACACUUUAACUGCUGUGUUUUCGGAAGGAUUAUGCCACACUGUCGCUUUCCCAAAGGGGUUUAUUAUCUCUGUGGAAAGCGACUUUUUUGAUCACGAAUUUGAAUAAAAAAUUGCCCUUGGUUGGAAAACAA